ACUACGUCACCCCACUACCGAGCCCACCAAGCCCCCCAGUAUUGCAACGAUAUCAACGAGCAGCAGUGUUGUCCUUAAACUUUUGAGAGCCAGUGUGCUUGGUUCAAGGUUGUCAGUUGACAAUGGAAACGCGGCUCAUUCUGAAGCCGGUUAAAAUGGACGGAUUAGCGAUGAAGCAGAAGCAGUGUACUCCGUUUAUAAAAGUUAUUCUACGACAACAGCAUUCUGAUCCGCUUCGUAUGAUUAUUGAAAAUACGGGAGCAAAGCAGAUAGUGCCGAAACCGGACGAUCCAUCGGUGCUUUUCGUUAGAUAUCCAGAUUCUAGCUUAGCUGAAAUCGCCAAAAAACAGCUGCUUGGUCUCCCACAAGUGAAGGCAGCAACUUACAUGCGUAAUUGGUACUCUUAUUCGCAUGAUGAACCAGCGAACAACAUAUGCGGCAGCGUUGGCCCUGCUUCGCCACAGAGGCAACCGCCACAGCCAGCAAGCUUUGCGAAUGUUAGACCACUGCUCGAAACGUCGCCUACUUUCCUGCGCUGUGUGUAUUGCUCAGCAUACCCAGUUUUGUUUCAAUGCGGUUGUUGUGGUGCGUUUUACUGUAACAUCCAGUGCCAGAAGCGACACUAUCAGACGCACAAACAUUCGUGCCUUAUGCCGCCCCUUGUUGUUAUGCCCAAUUAUGAUUCAAUUGACCUACUGGAAAAGAUACAACCAAAGAUCGGUCUUCCCCAUCUUUCGGUUAACACCCAACAACCGACAUCGGGCACCAAGCCAAAAGGCCUGAUAAAUGCAAAAGCAACUCCAUCGCCACAGCCAAUAAAUGGUGCACCAUCGGGGCGGGUAAUCAAAGGGGAGGCCCGCACCCAGAAAGCUGACGAACCGCCAAAGACCAAGCUACAGCGGGCCGGUUUCCCUGCAGUGGGGGCCACAGUGAAAAUAUCGUACGUUGGGAAAAAUGAGCUCUACAUAUAUGAUGCCCGUCCUGGGCCGAACGGUGCACCCAAUUCGUAUGAAAAACUAAUUCAGCGCUGUGUAAAGGCGGGUCGAAAGAAAGGGCAACCUGUGGUGAAUCCUCCCGCACUUAAUGACAUUUUGCUUGCACCGUUCGGUGGCGAAUAUUACCGCGCCGUGAUCAAUUCAGUAGAAGGGAACUAUGCGGACGUUUUCUUUAUCGAUUUCGGUAAUUCCGAGAAGCUCGAGUGGUCCCAGUUUAGAGAGAUUCUUGAACCGGACCUCAAAUCCGCUGAUCGUACAGCGCACGAAGUGUGGAUCGUAAAUGUUUCCAAGUUCACGGAGCGCAUCCGGCAGAAGCUUAACGAACUGAAGGCUGAAGAAUUUGGACUGUCCAAGGUAAUCGAUAUGUCGAACACAAGCGUUAAACUGGUGGAUCUGCGUCACCCGAAGGAAUCAUAUUACCUUGGCGACAAAUUGCGUCAACUGCUCGAGAAGAACGAGGAGAUAUGCAAAUCACCGCAGAUGAAAAACAUAGUGGUGGCGCCUGCUCCAGAAACUUACGUUCCAGUGUUGGACGACGAAGUAAUUGAAUCAGCGAUUCCAGCAGAAGAUGGCGUUGAGUUGAUCAUAAUAGACGCGUCCUUUUUGAACCAGGAUUCAAUGAAUCAAAUUGCGGUGGUCAUUAAAGCGAACCAGGAAAAGUAUGGUGAGCUUAUGACGGAAAUUUGCUGCUACGGAGAGUCGGAUGCGAAUGAGUACGAUCCUAAGCAAUGUGGUGAGCUGUGUUUGGUCCGUUAUGGCAGCAUAUGGACUCGGGCAAUGCUUACUGAUAUCCAGAGAGGUUUCAGCGAAUAUGUGCUGCUCGAUUUGGGCUUUUUAUGCAGUGUGCCUUCGAAGAACGUGCGUCGAUUUCCUCCGAAACUAUCGCGUACAUUGUACGUCACUGAUUGCAUUGUCGACAAUCCCGAAACGCUGUUCACACUCGCGAAAGUGUCGGCUCCUGAGAAUCUGCGCAACAAACUGAUUAAGGUCAACGUAAAGCCGGAACAGCGGGACAGUAACGCUUCACAGCACGUGAUUGUCAUUUCCGUCGCUGACACCUUCUCAUCAUAAGGACAUUAUUUUACUCUUUCAACAGAUUUUAAAUUUCUCCGAUUGGAAACCAUCUCAAAGUGUUACACAUUUAAAGUUCAUUCCUGAAUUAAACACGGCUCAUGCCGAGCAGAUCAAUAUUCGGA